AUGGCUGGUGUCAACAGGUGCCGCACCGGUUCCGCGCAGAUUCAUGUCUCCGAUGGCUCCGCCGACCUGCUCGAUACGGCCCUCCCCCCGAUGAGCUCCAAACAGCUCGUCACCACCACGGCGACCCGUCGUGCCGUCCGUGGCUCCGAAUCGUCCAUCGUAAUGGGCGGCUUCCGUGGCAAUCAGAAGGCCGCUGCUGCGCUGGGGUUAACCCCCGAAUCCAUGCCCUCGGUCGUGGCCCGCAGCGCCAGCUCCCACCGACGAACAGGGAGCACCAUCAAGACUGUCAUGCGCAAGAUCUUCACCCGCAAGCGCCGCAGUGAGACCGACAGCUUCGACGAUGACAUCCGCUUUAGCAAUCCCCCACCGCAGCGGGUACAGAAAGACCCUCCUCCGGACAGCGGCCUGGCCUUCCACAACUCCCUCAGCUCCAAACACAGCUCUCCCCUGAACAAUGAAUUCGACGCCUCGAUCUCCCUCAGCGACGCCCUCGACCGACUCCACGCCGGACCCCCACGUCGCCGCCGCGCCACCCUCCCCAGCCUGAUCUUCUCCGACGGCGACGACGAAUCGCGCGACGCGUUGGACGCCGUCGUGCACCCGCACCACGGCAGCAACGACGACAUCGACGACGACCACCACCACCAUGCCCGCCGCCAGAUGAAGCGCCGCUCGCGCAGUGCCACCGCGCUCCGCGGCCUCGCCCGUAACCACCGCAUGUCGCCCAUCCAGUGGCGCCGCCGCAGCCUCGAGUCCUACAUGACCAUGACCGUCGCGUCGGACAGCGAGCUCUCGCCGCGCCCGCCCACGCGCACCACCGUCGCCAGCGCGCCCAAGCCGUCCACCGCGUCCAUCUACGACGCCGUCCCAAGCAAACCCGACAUCAACACUGACACAGACCCCGACACCGACGACGCCGAGAGCGUCGUCAUCCCCCCAGACGUCGGCACGCUCGUCGCCAUGCAAGGCGACAACGACACCGACAACGUCUCGCUCGCGCAGCGUCUCACCACCCUCGAGGUGAAAAUGAUCGACCUAGAGUUCGCCAUCGCCCGCAUGCAAAGCGGCCGCCCGUCCUCGCCCUCGCCCACCCCAGACCGCGUCCCCAAGCCCCAACAGCCCGAACCCAAACACCGCCCCCGCCCGUCCGCCUCCGGCACAACCACCCCCAGCGAAGACCCCGCCGACAACCGCCUCAGCGCCAGCACCAUCCGCCCCAGCACGACGCCCACCCCCACCCACUCCAGCGCAUACGCCCGCCCGCGCAUGAUGCACACCCCCUCCAUGACCUCGCUCAACGACGGCGCCGGCAUCUCCGUCGAGCAGUACAGCGCGCUGGUCAUGCUGCUGCGCCGCGAGCAGACGGCCCGGCGUACGCUCGAGUCUGAGGUCUCGUCGCUGCGCGAGGACAUCCAGGCGCUGCAGCGGCUGGCGAUGGGGUCCGGGCCCGGGCCCGGGGCGGGCGGAGGCGCGGGCUCGACGUCGAGGUACCCGAGUCGCAGUGCGGAGUCGAGCGAGUUCCUGAGGCUGCGGUCGGCGCCGACAGCGGAAUCAAGGUCAGGGUCAGGGUCGGGGUCUGCUGGGCGGUCGACGCGGUCGCCGUAUGAGAGCAGUGCCAGCGAUGAGACGGAGGGGUCGUCGGCGGGGUUUCGCUCGCGGUGGCAGUCGACGCGGCGGGUGGAGGUGGGAGGGAUGAUAUAG